GUGGUGGCAGUGCAACAUCUUCAUCCCGUCAACCAGGUAAGCUAAGCUUAACCAACCGAUUGCAGCCGCCGCCUCCGCCGUCGCACUUCGGCACCGUUUAUGCUCCGCGCUCCGCCGCUUGCUGACAGCUCGCCGGGCUGCCCCUCCUCCAAAACUAAAUUUACCCCACCAUCCAGAUAGAUGCCCCUCCGAUAACGAUCCGCCGCCAUCACAUAAGCCGCCAAACGCCAACCGCCAGCCGCCAACCGGUCCCGCAACAACUUCUCUCUCCCAUAUCUAUACCCACCUCUCUGUCCUACCGUACCUUUAGAACUGCAUAUCUCUUGGCUCUCUCAAAUUUCUUGGCAGGGACAAUUUAGCUGUCGCGAGGAUCUAGCUGCAACAUUUCACACAUAGAGCUCCUUGAGUCACACUCUCAACACCGCAAAACAGCAUCAUGACUUCCCGCCCGUCCAUCGUCGGUCCCGAGGCCGGUCCCGAAACCCCUUACCCUUACAAGAUGGAGGGCAAGGUCAUCUCGGGCUUUGGACGAGGAUCGAAGGAGCUCGGCAUCCCCACCGCCAACCUCCCCGUCGACGACGCCGACACGCCGUGGAUCGCCGCCAUCCCCUCGGGCGUCUACUUCGGCUACGCCUCCCUUGCCCUGCCCGAGUCGCACCCGGACCGUCCCAGCACCGACGCCGCCUUCCACAUCUUCCCCAUGGUCAUGUCCAUCGGCUACAACCCCUUCUACAAGAACACCGUCCGCAGUGCCGAGGUCCACGUUCUGCACAAGUUCACCGCCGACUUCUACGACGCCCCCAUGCGCCUGCUCAUCCUCAACUUCAUCCGCGAGGAGAAGAACUACGAGGGUAUCGAUGCCCUCAUCGCCGACAUCAACUUUGACUGCGAAGUCGCCAAGAAGAGCCUCGCCCGCGAGAACUGGGCUCCUGCUAAGGGCCUUGUCGUUGGCAGCCCCGACGUUGAGGGUAAGCUGGAUGCCGAGUGGCUUACGAGGUCCGCUUAGUUAGCCAUCCACCUGCGGCUGGCGUCAAGAUUACGAGAGGAACGAAUAGUAUACGGGGCAAGGUAAAAAGCCGGGGCAGGGAGUUUGGGAUAGACGGAAUUUAGAAAAAUGACAAGAC